AUGAUGGCCUUCACUUCUUUCGGCGCCGCAUGCGUCGCCUUCCGUCACCCCUCUACGGCGCAUCUGGCCUUUGCCGUUCUGUGCCUCACUUUCCAGUGCCUGUCUCCAUCUGCUCCUGCGUCCUCUCCCGCCGUCUCCUACGCCGCUGCCCAGCUGGACGACGCUGCAGCGCAAGUCGCGACCGUUUCUGACGAUUCACGCCGGUUUCUCUCUCUCGAGGACUCUACGGUUUCUUCCUCGCUUAGGGGACAGAAGCGAGGCGAUCCGCUGUCUCUGCCGUUUCCGACAGUGUCUGGGAUCCGUGCCUCAGGCGCAACUCAGGAAGUCGAGGGGAAGCGCGUCUCCGAACGGACGCGGACACGUCGGAGGUCGACGGGCGAAAUCAGCCGCCGAGCGUCGAGAAAAACAUCGCGGAACAGCGGGAAUGAACUGCUCGACCUUCUCCGUGGGACGGUCCCGACGAGGGAUGGGGAAGAAAGGCAACAGGCGGGGGAAGUCGGAGCGGGGAGGCACGCCACUCCUCUGGACGAGAAGAAGAGAGUGGAAGACGCAAUGCAGGCAACCGAGCCGCAGACACCCCAGCUCACACGGCAACAGGUGGUCAAAGGAGGCGAACGCCACGCGCAAACACAAAACGGUCGAAAAAGAGUUAAAAUCACCAGGCGCCAGUGGCUGAAAACGCUUUUCUUUUUCGCGCUUAGCUGUUUGCGACUGUCGGCUACGUAUUUCCUCGUCACCGCCUUUAACUCCGGCCUGCUGAUGGUCCUCGCCUAUGCCGGGGGUCUGCUCUACUCCGUCAUCUUUGGAGGGUUGCUGUUGACCUUCUUGUUGAGCUCGCUCGGAUCGGCAGUUGCCGCUCUCAUCAUUUUGCUUGUCACCGAG